AUGGCCAGUGCAUCGAACGAGAUGGCAUCCGUGUCGACAAAUCUGCCUGCAAUGGGCUCUUCGAUAUUCAGCAGCCAACCGCCAUCGUCAACUCCCUCAGCCAUCCUUGCCGUGCCUGAUGCUCAGUUGCCAUCGUACAUAACGCCGUUCCGAGAAACCCUGGAUCCCGGGAUCCUGUCUUUUUUGCACUGGAGAGGAGCGCUUUCUGUCCCUCAAGGAGCAUUUAGGGAGAGUCUGCUCCGAGCUUAUAUUUGUUAUGUCCACCCUUCCCUACCACUAUUGGAUCUUGGAGAGUUCCUAUCUGCAAUUGAGGACGACGGUAAGUCAAGGACAGUGAGCUUGACGCUAUUUCAAGCAGUCAUGUUCGCUGGGUCAACUUUUGUUGAUAUCGAUGUUCUUGAAAGAGAAGGAUUCAAGUCGCAUGAACAGGCCCGAAGAAUGUUCUACAGUAAAGUAAGGACACUGUACGACGCAGAUCUUGAGACUGAUUCUUUGACGCUGAUUCAAAUACUCGUUCUCAUGACAUACUGGUACGACAAGAUAGAGGAUCCAAAGCGGCGCUCGCAUUGGAUGAGAAUCGCCUUAUCGUUUGUCACAGACCUUGGUCUCAUUCACCAUUCCAGUCUCAUAGCCCUUCCAGCCGCUCAGCAACAACUGAGGCGUCGUAUAUGGUGGUGCUGUUUGAUGAGAGACCAAUUGAUAUCUUUCAGUGAACGACAACCACCUAGUACUCCGUGGAAUGAGAGCGAUUUCCCAGUACUUUUGAUUGACGAUCUUGAUGUUGAAGGUCUUUCAAAGGCACUUGACCGGCUCCAAGUCCUAGACUGCAAACGACAGUCCCAGAUUCUUAUGCAAUUCUGUUUCCAGAAAAUCAAACUUUCUAUCCUCAUUGCACGAAUUCUGCACACCCAGUACGAAUGGACUAGCCAUCGAAGCAUAGCGUCUUUGAGGUCAAAACUAUUCCUCCUGCCCAAAUCUUCAAGCUCUGCUAGUGCCGAGUAUAUGUCUAGAGACCAAGAGCUACGCGAAUGGGGUGAUGAUACAUGCACGGCUUUACACCAGUCAGUCGACAUAGAUCCAUCGCGGAACAGUACACUUGUCGCCGUUCAUAGUGCGGUGUUAGAGAUGGUUUAUUCUAAUGUGCUUGGGUUGGUGCAUCGCCCACAGACUUUGAGCGUCCACCCAGAGGAUUCGGCCGCAAAGGCACUUCAGACAUUCUCCCAUCAAACACUCCGGAGAGCUGCAAUGCGCAUCUCGGAAAUCGCCGAGUAUCUAAACAGCGCUGACCUGUUACGAUUUCUGCCACCAAUUGGGUUGACCGCUCUCCUGUUUGCAGGACUGCAGCUUGUCAAAGACUCACGGUCGGCAUCAUUAUCGUCUGUACAUGGGACCACAAAUCAAAAUAUUGAACAGAUUAUGCAGGCAAUGAUUCGGCUCAAAGAAAUGUAUCCCCAAGCUCAUUAUGCUGUCUCGGUCUUGGAGCUAGUACGGAACAAAAAUCUUGAUCUAGAAGGAGACGAAUCUCUUGCUAUCGCCUCUGAACAAGUGAACGCCAACAACGCCCAAACAGAGCCAGAACAAAUUGCAGCUCCUGAGCAACUUAAUUCAUCCGAAAAACCUGCCGUUAUCACGGGCUCGAGUUGGGGCGGAAUCGACUAUUCGCGGGCUAAAGGGGUUGAUUUUGAAUCACUCUUAAAUCUCGAUGAUGUUUCGGACAUUUUCGUAUCUGGGGGCUUUGGCAUAGCCGACUUUGAACAAGUGGAUUGGAGUGAGAUCUUCCAAGAGCGAAAUUGGGACGCUUAA